UUCGUAUAAAACGGGGGACAGAGCGGAGAUCUCCGUAUUUCGUGUCAGGAAAAGAAACGACGUGCCCCGAGCCACCGCCCCGCGUCAUGAAAGACGAGCUCAAGUAUCUCACGGGAUUUGGUUGCGAGUUCUCCAGCGAGGAUGAGCGCUGUCCAGGAGCAUUGCCCGCCAGGCAGAACAAUCCGCAGAAGUGCCCAUAUGGUCUUUACGCCGAGCAAUUGUCGGGAACUGCGUUUACCGCUCCGCGUUUGGAAAACAGGAGAUCGUGGUUCUACCGGAUGAGACCGUCUGUUGUUCACAAGCCGUUCAAGUCUUUUAUCAAAGCGCACAGCGCCGAGUCUCACUUAACCAACGAUUGGAACAAAACUCAUCCAAAUCCUAAUCAGCUAAGAUGGAAGACAUUCGACGUUCCCACUCGACGGGAUCCCGAGGUCGACUUCGUCGAAGGCCUCCACACUCUGUGCGGUGCCGGCGACCCUAGAGUGCAUCAAGGUGUCGCGGUGCACGUUUACCUCUGCAACGCAUCGAUGAAGGAUAGGGCUUUUUACAAUGCCGACGGGGACUUCCUCAUCGUCCCGCAACUGGGCGCUCUGCAGAUCACGACCGAGUUCGGUAAAAUGCGAUGCGAGCCGAACGAGAUCUGCGUGAUCCAGCAAGGCAUGCGGUUCUCCGUCACCGUCUUCGGACCAUCCAGGGGAUAUAUCCUCGAGGUCUUCGACAAUCACUUCCGGUUGCCGGAAUUAGGGCCGAUAGGUGCGAACGGUCUGGCGAAUCCGAGAGACUUCCAAACGCCAGUUGCAUGGUACGAAGAUCGUGAGAUCGAUUAUGAGAUCGUAUGCAAAUACCAGGGAAAGCUGUUUGCGGCUAGCCAAGGUCACAGUCCCUUCGACGUGGUCGCGUGGCACGGCAAUUAUGUGCCUUAUAAGUACGAUCUCGAUAGGUUCAUGGUCGUCAACUCCGUCUCCUUUGAUCAUUGCGAUCCGUCCAUCUUCACCGUGCUAACGUGCCCCACUAACAAGACUGGCACUGCCGCGGCCGACUUUGUGAUCUUUCCACCCCGAUGGUCCGUGCAAGAGCACACUUUCCGACCCCCUUACUAUCAUCGCAAUUGCAUGAGCGAGUUCAUGGGGCUGAUAAAGGGCCGCUACGAGGCGAAGGAGGACGGCUUUCAGGCUGGAGGCGCGUCUCUGCAUUCCAUCAUGAGCCCGCACGGGCCCGAUGCGCGCUGCUUCGAGGCCGCGACUGAGGCCGAGCUGCUGCCGGAGAGAAUCACCGACGGCACGCAGGCAUUCAUGUUCGAGAGCUCGUACGGUUUGGCCGUGACGGAGUGGGCCGAGAAGCUGUGCAACAAGCUGGACGACGAGUAUUACGAAUGCUGGCAGGACCUGCGGAAGCGCUUCGAUCCGGCCGACAAGGCGGCCAAAGUCGCUCAGUAACAGAAAGGCGAGCAGCGUGUAGCGACCGGUCGUCGACGAGUUACGACAUCGGCCUUUGAUGGCUCGUUCUUUUCUCUCUCGCUUUUCUUCCCGGUGAAUGUUAAUCUUUCGUUGCACUGCGUCGAAUCGACAUCGACAUUUCGUUCCAGUCGAUUUUGUAAACCUAUUUCUACACGUUAAUGCUAUACUCGAUUUAACCAUGUUAUUGUAAAUAUGUUGCAUGUGUACUGAAAUAUUGAACGAUCAAACAUGAUCUACAUUGUUGCGAGGAAACUAAAUGUCUUCGAGUAUCAAAUUCUCCUAUCGAAUACAAAAUGCAUUCCCAACAAAAAAGUGUCGCAACCUUUUUGUGAUUUAUCAUAUUUUCAAUUUUGAUUUGCUACCUCAUUUUUAAAAGCUAAUAGCGGGUAUAUAACAAUUGGAUUAUACACUUUAGAAUAGACAGCGCCAUCCAUUCCGUCGUAUUUGAUACGUAAUGGCUAGACGACCAGUUGGAUCACAAAACCGAUUAUACAUUUUAAUGAAUAAUCAGCCAGUAACAAGCUAUUAACGAGCUAGAAAAUUUAACCUAGUCUGUAUAAGUUAACUACUUGCUGGUGAUUCAGGCCAAUUAGAUAUGUUUCUCCUCGGCUACUUGUUUAUUUUCUAAGAAGAUAUCUCGGAGAUUCAAUGGAAGUUUUAAUAUUUUAAUAUUAGAAAUCACCCCUUUUUUCCUCACGUUUUCUCUUCAUCAAAGGGUUCAUUAGAGCCUCGUUCGCAAGGGAAAUACUUUGUAACAGAAGCCGCGACAACCUCGCGGUUCAUGAAUAAAAACUUCGAGAAGCAUUCGAUGAAGAUCGAAGGAGUGAAGCUACUCACCGGUAUCUCCGAUAUCUGCGGAUCGAGAGAGCAACAUUAUACCGCACUUCGCGAAUUUUUCCUGCAUCCGAGCGGCGAGAGACGCUUUCGUAGCGUGUCGCGCGCGCACGUCCGCGGGAUAUCGUGCGAAGAAACGAUGAAGUUAUCUGGUGCGUGCAGCUGAGCAGCUGGUUAUAAAUUCGCCGCAUCGACAACAUCGUCCGCACGAAUAUUGCUGCGCGCACGGGUGCAAGGAACUUUUAAUCGGCAUCCACCUCUUAGCGAUAGAAGCGCGCCGGCUCUCGCGACCGACGUCAUCGCGACUCGACGUUGGAUAAGGACGCGCGGCGUAUUACACGGUGCGUUGCGAUAAUACGCGGGGAGACGGCAACGGGAAAUCUCUGAGCGUAAAAUCUCAGCUGGGAUCGAUCAACAGCGAUUCCAACAAUCGAGCCGCCGAAGGAGAUCCGCGAUAGUUCCGCGACAACAGCGCGCCGUAGCGGCUUCCAGGGACGCGAACAAAUGAUUAAAUCGUGUUGCAACGUCGUAAGUGUUUGUAAACGUUUGUAAACGCACUGUUCGCUACGAGAGAACAAAUAUCUCGUUUUAUCGGAGGUCUGAGUUCGGACGAAUGUUUAUGAGAUCGCGUAACCUUCCGUGACUCGCAAGGCGAUUUUGUUAUUUAAAUAACCAGUACUUCUUCAUGUCAUAUUCAUUAACGUGGCUGCGCUGUAUCUUAUUUUCUGCGAUCGAAUUACGAGUCGAAUCAAAAGUACCGUAUUUUUCGUCCCCCUUCCCUCCAUCCUGAUCUCUUGCUCCCUGAUAUCUUGCAAUCAAUCUCAACGCGAGAACCCUAUAAUUACAUCGUUGUUAUUUCCACUCGACACUUUCCUACGCGAUCUUAUUGAAACCUCAUCGAACCGAUGCGUACUCCUUGCCAGUGAAAUUGAUUUUUUAUUCGCACGCACAUUACGAAGAAAAGCAUUUGUCCGAGUCGAAAUUUUAUCUCUACGUUAAACCUUUAAUUAAAUAUAAGAGAUUAGGCGUAAGAGAUUAGGAAUAAGUUAAAACACAAUAGAAAAAACAGAGAAUAAAUGAAUGAGAACGUUUUAA